AUGCAGGCUGGCCCAUCAUCACCAGUCGAGCCAGCGCGCUCUUGCGACGUGGUCCUCUGCGUCGAUGCAGGUGGAACAAAGACGCUUGCUGUCGCCGCCCGCGUCGACUCGAAGGAAACCUUUGUCGGUCAAGCCGGGUGCGGCAACUGCGCCACUUUAGGUCUUGAAGCAGCAAGCCAGGUCAUCCUCCGUGCCGUUCAGGACGCCCUCAUAUCCGCUGGAUUUGGCACCUUCUUCGACCUGAUGGAAGCAGGCGAGAUCGAAGGCAUCACCACUCCGCCCCUCUCCCUGUCCGACAACGAUUCGUCUUCGGCAGAUGGAGACCAAGAUCCUCUUUCUCGUCCAUCACGAUCAACAGCAGACACCUCUGACGUACUCCGUCCAAGAGUCAGGGCCAUCUGGAUUGGUUCGGCGGGUCUUUCCUCUUCGGCCGUAAUUGGCAACUACAGAUCACAGCUGUCACAGCUGCUGCAAGAGUACCAUCUCAUCGACGAAUCGACUCCGAUCUGGAUCACAAAUGAUGCUGUUCUACUGUCCGCACCCAUGUUGAGCGACGAUGACACUCAGUCGUGCGUCUGCUUGAUCGCCGGUACGGGCAGCGCAGGUUUCGCGUUCCAACGCACUACGCCACCAGCAUCUCGAGUCACAUCAACAGCAGCUCCGGCAACGGCAACAUCCGACAAUAUGGAGAACGAAGACCUUCCCGGCCUCACCACUGUCAGCAAGACGGGCGGGUGGGGCUACCUGUUGGGCGACCGCGGCAGUGGCUGGUCGAUAGGUCUGUCCACCAUCCAGCUCAUGCUCACACGCGAAGAAGAGCGCCAGUUCACCUCGUUGCAGCUCACCGACUUUGAACAAGCUGUCAUGCGCGCACUCGACGUCAACACACCCAUCGAGCUCAUCUUUGCCGCCUACCGCGAUCGGGUCUGCGCUACUGGCGGCAACUUUUUCCACGCAGAAGACGCACGUAAGCGCUGGCUCGCAGAGACGACGCGUGUCGUGUUCGAGUAUGCGUUUGAAGAUGAUGGCAGAACGGGCAAAGAGCUGGCUGUGCAGCUGUUGAACCAGGCUGUGGGGGAGUGCAUUGAUUCGAUCAGCAAGCUGUGCUGUCCAAAGGAUAGGAUUCGGCCUGAGAGCAGUACGUUGGUGCUGGGCGGUGGGUUGUGGUCGAACAACAAGUUUUUGGAGUUGCUGGUAGAUAUGUGGAAGGCGCGGGGCAAGGACGGGUUCAAGAGCAUCCAUGUGGUCAAGAGUCCCGCGCACGAAGCGGCGGGCUAUCUCGCGUUGAAAUUUUUGGGUAGCAAGCAGUAG